AUACCUUUUGAUAUAGUCUGUGCAACGCCUCACUGAAUGAUGAACAAAAAAAAAACAAUGGAAAUUAAAAUGAUGACAAUAAAAAAUAAUUACGGUAUGUAAAUUCCGAUCUACUUACAUUCAUUCAUCAAGUACUUAGCAACAAUGUGUUUAAUUUGCGUAAUUAAUUAAUCUGUUUUACAAGAUAAGAAUUGACUAAUCUCCGGUCAAUUUACGAUAAAACAAUUUUGAUUUAGGUUCGGAUUUAAAAACGUCAUCAUCGUCAUAUACGAGAACAUUGUUUAAAUUCCAGUAGCUAAAUUAAGACUUUUUUCUUUAUAGUUAGGGGAUAAGGUGUAUUUUAGCUUGUUUCUAAAAUAGAUCGAUGUCCUGCAUGUUAAUUGAUGGUCGUGCCCUUGAAUUCAGUUUGGCGGCAGAGCUCCGCCGGCACAGACCAACACACUCUUUGCUUUUGUGUCAAAUAUAAAAAAUAAAGUGUUUGUUACGCUGAUUUGUAAAACAUAUCACAGAAAAUAAAUAAGUAUUAAAGUUUUUUUGGAGAUCUGAUAGAGUUUUUAAAUAUUUUUGGUUACUGGAAAGGUUACUUCGUAAUUAGGGUACAAUGACUGCAAUAGAAACGGAGACGUUCUUGGAGUAUAUCCUGGUGGAACACCGAUGGAUAAUCGUAAUGGUGGCUCUACUGCCUGUCUCCUUGAUUUGGAAGAUAUGGUCUACAUUCAGGAACUAUGUGGUGUUCAAGCUGAACAGUGCUCCGAAGAUGCAUAUAAAGAAAGUGAAAGAAGUCCAGAGCCAGGUGAAAGCCUGGUUGGCAGGAGACCGUAGCACUAGGCUGUGUACCGCCCGGCCAGGCUGGCAGGCCAUGUCCUUCCGCCAGGGUAUCUACAAGAAGACCUUCACCAAUAUCAAAGUCAACCUGGUUGACGUGCUGGAAGUCGAUAUGGAAAACAUGACUGUCCGCUGCGAACCUUUAGUGACGAUGGGCCAGCUAUCAAGAACCCUGGAGCCUCUAGGCCUGGCCCUAGCAGUGGUACCUGAGCUAGACCAGCUUACGGUGGGCGGGCUGGUGAUGGGCACUGGCGUAGAGUCCUCAUCUCAUAUCUACGGCCUCUUCCAACAUUUCUGCCUGCAGUAUGAGCUGGUGUUAGCUGAUGGAUCUGUUGUUACCUGUAGUAAGGACGAGAACCCUGACCUCUUCUACGCAGUUCCCUGGUCGUACGGCACCCUCGGUUUUCUAACUUCAGCCGUCAUCAAAGUAGUUCCAGCUAAAAAAUACAUUCGUCUCGAAUACAGACCAUACAACAAACUGUCGGAGCUUGCCCACCAUUUUGUCGAAGAGUCACUAAAAGAUAAACCACAUCAAUUCAUUGAAGCUCUGCUGUACACCAAAAAUUCAGGAGUUCUCAUGACGGGAAACAUGGUUGAUAAAAUUGGAGAUGAUGGCAAGUUCAAUCCUAUAGGCAAGUGGUACGCGGAGUGGUUCUUCAAGCAGGUGGAGCGCCACCUGACCAACAACAGUACCGCUGUGGAGUACAUACCUCUCAGGGACUACUACCACAGGCAUACCAGGAGCUUCUUCUGGGAAUUGCAGGACAUAAUUCCAUUCGGAAACCACCCAAUCUUCCGUUACCUACUCGGAUGGCUGAUGCCUCCAGAAGUGUCGCUGCUGAAGCUUACUCAACCGGAGGCCGUCACCAAGUUGUAUGACAAGGCUCACGUCAUCCAGGACAUGCUGGUACCCGUGGAACACCUGGAGAAGGCCAUCGAUGUUUUCCAUGAGGAGAUUGAGGUUUACCCGAUCUGGUUGUGUCCGUUCAGAGUAUUCAACCACCCUGGACAGCUGAAGAUCAAGACUAACGCUGACUCUCAGAUGUUUGUCGACAUCGGCGUUUAUGGUGUGCCUAAAGCUAAAGGAUAUGAGACUGUCACCUCCACUCGUCGCAUAGAAGCCUUUGUCUCCAAACACGAUGGUUUCCAAAUGCUGUACGCAGACACAUAUACCACUCUUGAUGAGUUCAGAGCAAUGUUCGACCAUACUUUAUAUGACAAAGUGCGAGAUUCAUUGCCAUACUGCAAGGACGCAUUCCCUGAAAUCUACGGAAAAGUCAAUAGGAGUGUUAGAAAGUAG